AGACACGCCCACCUGUGACAUCACAUCCUCCCUCCCGGCUCUCAGCCGCAUGGAUGUGACGUCAGGAUUAGCUGAGAGGCAUGGUAUUAGCUAGCAUGGAGGAAAGCAUUGAACUAUUGGUGGGCUGUUAUGAACAGGUUCUGUUUGGCUAUCGGGUACAUCGGGAAGGGGAGCAAUGGUUAAGUUCUGCAGACUUCACUCAUCACGCUCACACUGCCUCUCUGUCUGUGGUUGCUGCAAGUAACAGAUUUGUAGCCACUGGGAGCAGGGAUGAAACCAUUCAGAUUUAUGAUAUGAAGAAGAAAGUGGAACAUGGAGCUUUGCAGCAUCACAAUGGUACAAUAACAUGUCUGGAGUUUUAUGGUAACACACACCUGCUAAGUGGGGCUGAAGAUGGACUAAUUUGUGUAUGGAACACCAAAAAGUGGGAGUGCCGGCAAACCUUCAAAGCACACAAAGGACAAGUCUUGUCCCUUUCAAUUCAUCCUUCAGGAAAGCUAGCCUUAUCGGUGGGGACAGAUAAAACCCUAAGAACUUGGAAUCUUGUAGAGGGGCGUGCAGCUUUUAUUAAGAAUAUAAAGAAAAAUGCACACAUUGUCCAGUGGUCUCCCAGUGGAGACAAAUAUGUGGUCGUAAUACAUGACAAGGUUGAUGUGUACCAGCUGGAGACUGCAGCAGUAGUUGGUACAAUUAAUAACCCAAAGAGAAUCUCUUCUGUACAGUUUGUAACCGAUGCUCUUAUUGCUGUGGCUGGGGAUGAGGAAGUAAUCAGACUUUAUGAUACAGCAUCUCAAAAAUGCAUCUGCGAAUUUAAAGCUCAUGAAAACAGGGUGAAGAAUCUUCAUGUCUUUGAGCUGGAAGGAGCUCACAUUGUUGUAUCUUCUUCAAGUGAUGGUUAUGUUAAGAUGUGGAAGAUCGACAUGGAAAAGGUACAGACUCCUCCGUCAUUGCUUUGUGAAGUCAGUACAUCAGCUAGACUUACUUGUCUCUCGGCGUGGCUUCCCAUUGCUGUAGCCAAUAAGGAAAAAACCAACACAACUGUCGCAGCUUCAACUGUGAAAGCCUGUGACAGACCAAAGAAGAAAAAAGCCCAAAGCGAAGCAGCAGAGAAUAAGGAAGCAAGUGAAACCCAAGUUGUACCGCUACAUAAAAAGAGGAAACUUGAAACUAAACCGACACAAAAGAAAAAGAAACCAGUUAAAUAACUUGAUUUCUGUAUUAAUCGAAUGCAUUUUAUGUACGUUUACUCUCUUAAUUAAAUAGUCGAAAACUC